AUGUCAUACCUCGAUCCGAGAGAACUGAACCAGCUGGCGGCAUUGGCUGCAAGAGGUGGAAUAGGAGAAGCCAUAGCUCUUGUAGAUUGUGUCGCUGAAGCGCCCGAUCAGUUGAUGUACAUCAAAAACGAUACUCUCGUCCUUCUUCGUGACUUGGGAGAUAUCCUAUUGGCUUCUUGUGAAGGUGUAGUAGGAUGGGCUAGAAAAGAUGGUUUACGAAUACUUUCUUUAGCUGGAUCAACUUCUAUAUCACCUGAUCAUCCUACUGGUUUAAGGACGGUAGUGGUUUCACCAUCUCCACCAACCAAUCAUAUUCAUCUUCCACAACUUGACGACCAUAUCUCUUCUCCUGUUCCCCUCGCGAAUCCAUCACCUCCUCAUGUCAAGCCUACGAAUCUUGAAGGCGCCUUUCAUCACAGCCCUCACGAUGUCAACCCGGGAACGACGGAUGCUCUUAAACCCACCCCCGAGUCUAAGAGAUUUCGUCGAGAGGAACACGUCGAUCAUGAUUUAUUGGAACUUGAUAUCCCUAAUAGAUCUCCUCAUCGUGCUUCCGGUCCGUUCGACUUGGAAUCACCUUUAUAUUCCCCUUCGGUCCAUAGUCCUCAAUAUCAUCGGGGAGCGGAGGCCGAUGGAUAUUUUGGAGUGAAGAAUCACCCUUCAUACAAUGACAUCUCUGACCCCGCUAUGAUCCGAGAGCGAAACAAUAAGGAAGUAGCGGGACACCAAGUCACGAGGAAUCCAAGAAAUCGUGACUCGACUUUCUCGUCCGCAAGUAGCGACGCAUUGGGUGGGAUAGGAGGUUUCAUGAUGGCUUCGAGGGGUGAUUCAGAAGAUGAUCAUGAUUCUCAAUUUGAAGAACUCCAAGACACACAUACUUCACAAACAUCUCAUAUGAGUGCGUCUUAUCGCCAUAACCCUCAGUCUGUCAGAUCAACCACGACUUCUCCUUCAGAUGAGGAAAGUGAUAAAUCACAAGAUUGGGAUAUAUAUGAUGAUUACGCUAGGGAAAGUAUGUAUAUCAGAAGACAAAGUAUGGGGAAACGUGCGACUUUACAACCCAACGGGAAAGAAAUCACUUUUCACGCUUUAGAAGCUUUGAGGAAUCUCCCAGAUCCCGAGAAUGUUCAAGAAUCUCGUAAUAUCGAUACGCCACCUCGACCACCUAGGAGGAAACCGGUGGGUGUUGAAAUGAAUGGUCCUGAUAGACCUGUCAGCUCGGACAGGCAUUCGGAGAAUGGGUUCAAUGAUCAACACGUCGAUGGAGGAACAUCAGAGGAGAUGAUUGGUAAACUGGAUGGAGGACAUGCACAGAUGGGGGACCUACACAGUGGAGAACAUAGACCGUUGAGUUCAAUCAGUAUCAACAGUCUUGAUCUCCCGGAAGAAGAAGUGGAGGAUGAUAUGGGAUUGGCUGAAGAUCAAUUGGUAGCGGAGUUGCUAAGGAUGAGAGUCAGAAGACAAAUGUCUAGGGAUGAUACAUAUCUCAAACCGGAGGCGGUCGCAUCAGAGGAGAUACCUCCAAUUCCUUCGUUGGAAAUUGAAAUUACCCCUCCUCAUAUCAAUCUGCCAGAAGCAGAGAUCGUACGAGAGGGCGAGGAUCAGCUGGAGGAUGUCGACCAAUCUGCCAACUCUCAACAAACUCCCGAAUCGCUCAAAUCCGAGUCCCCCCGUGCUCCAGGCAAAAACGAAGUGAUGAGAGGACAUCUACGGAUAAUCACCGACGAACCAACUUCGAUCGACGAUGAGAUUUCGCCCCCUGAACGGGCUGAACUUACCCGGCAUCAUCCACCAGACGACGCCAAAAUCGUCACGUCGCUCUCCAGUCCAGCCGAUAACGUGACUGUGGAGCACUCUAUGGUGAGGGUGCAUUCACAAGAGUCCCCUGUGGAUUUCGAACAAAUCGACGUGUCUCCCGGUGGCAACGAUUCUAUUACCUCCCCAUUCCCAGAUGGUGAUGACUCUAUCCCAUCUCGAUCCCCAGACGGUAAUGAAGAAUCAGAUCAAUCUACCAUCUUGGAAACCCCUCAUGCGACAAGUGACGAAUAUUUGACUCGUACUCCCGUUAUCGCCCCUUCAACUUCAACAUCAGAGUCUUUCUCUCAAAAUGAAAUCUCCGCCACUAGCACUGUGGAAUCAUUCUCGAAGAAUGAACUUGAUCACUCCUCUGGUCUCUUACCAUCUCCCAUGCCUCUUGUACAUUCCAAGCUGUCCCCUAGUAUUGACAUACAUCUAUCUCCUCCACUGGACUCGGACAUCUCAUCGAGCGACUUACCCCAUCCCGAUCCUCAACAUAUCCUCUCCACUGGUUCACCCCACUACCGGGCGGUUUUACCAACUUUGGAUGCAUCUCCGAACCACCAUCUUUCUCCGAAAGUAGAUCGGACACCGAACGCACAUCUCUCUCCGAAUCUAGAUCCCAACGUGACGCCACUGUUGUCAGCCAACCCCUCCCCUUCUCCUGGUCAUCGCCCCUGGUCCCCUAACUCGUCUUCGCCAAGUAGCAUCACAGCUACCCGACAUGCCGUCCAAGCUCAUCGAUCAGCUUCCACACCAGGAAUGACGUUGGUAGGUCGGAUCGAAGCUGAUUUAUCUACUUCCAGAGGUCCUGUUCCCAUCACUUUUUUAGUAGGAGGAGCAGGAAUGCCUUCUGCUUUACCUACCGGAUUAGGCUUGGGAUUACCAUCUACUUCAAAUGGACAAAGUAAGGGUUCUGGACAUGGAUCUAGAGAUGGACAUACACAUACACAUACUGCUGAUCUUGGAAGAGCUACGAGUCCUAGUCCUCUAGGAGACGAUUUGUUGAUGAUGUCGGAUCAAUCUAGAUUCCCUAUGCCACAGAGGAGUCUUACUUCUCCUAUUCCUGUACCUGUUCCACGACGAAGUGCUACCUCUCCUAUCCCGAUAUCGGAUGUUCGACCAUCUGUGACUUUGGUGAACCAUUCGACGACAUCUUCCGCGCAGAGGAAUGAUCUUUCCGAUUCUGUAUCAGGAGAGAAUGUCACCUCACCUGGUUCUUCACAAACGAAAGGUACUACACCUAGAUCUGUUCCACGUAGAAGUGCAACUUCUCCAAUCCCUAGAUCUGAUUUAAAAUCCCCGCCAGUGUCAACACCUCAAUCGCAUUCCUUCGUUACUCCAACUUUACCGAAUAGGAAUAUCAGUCAAAACACUUCAACGAUUGCAUUACCACCUAGAACAACCAGUCAUACCACUUCCACACCAGUACAAUCCUUGCCGAGGCAGAACAUUCCAAUUUCGUCCGAUCAGAAAUCUCAAGUUAUCGCAACACCAACUACGUUACCUCCUCGAAAUACAAGUCGGUCCGUUUCUACACCUAUUACACCUGUUAACAAUCGCCCUCGGGCUAGAUCAUUCUCCGCAGCAGUAGCAAAAGCAGUAGGUAAAGUGAAAAGAGAUCAUACAUCUCCAUCCACAAAAAAUACUCAAAUCGUACCUCCAAUACCUACCACGUUACAAACCCCUCUUUCAUUACCUACCCAAGGAAAGAAAAGUUUGUUCGGGAAAAAAGAAUCAAGUCAUCCUCCUCUACCUUCUCCUAUCACAUCUUCCAACCCAACAUCUCAAAAUGUAACUAUCGAUGUCGGGCCUAUACCUAUUCCAUCACCUAGCGUAACUAUAACACACACACAAGAUGAGAAUCCUUCAACUAAAAACGAUGCCUUCACUCCACCUCUUCCUAAUUCAUCACCUCAACUAUUAGAUUCUCCUUUCAUAACUAAACCUUCAAAUCCAGGAAAUCGUACUUCUCCACGUAAACGUCCUACACCCAUUUCGAAAACGUCCACAUCGGCAAUCUCAACAUUCUCCAAUUCUUCAUUCCAACCACCACCAUCAUCAACUUCUACGUUCUUCUCAAACGAAUCUUCAAAUUCAUUACCACCUCCAUCUGCCAGAUCAUCAAGUUUUUCAUUUUCUUCAAAAUCUUCUAGAACACCAAGAAAAAGUGUCAGAGCUUUGCCGAGUCCUGUUUCGUACAAAGAUUUCGAAGAUACUGUUAAAGAAAAUGGAAUGGAUUUUGAGUUGGUUCAACCUAAAAAGGGGUUGUCUGGAAGUAAUUCUGAACCUGAUUUUUCGUCGAAUCUAGUUGGUUCGACUUCUUUUGAUCAGUUGGAUCGACACAUCUCUCCAAAUAAUCUUCACCUUGGAACGAGUUCUCAUCUUGCGGCUCAAAAUUCAAAUCCUUCCUCUCAAGGCCAACAUCAUCUCACUCAGACUCCUCAACACUCUGGUCAUUCCUCUUCGCAGCAAAAUGGUUCAUCAUCAGGUCCUUCUGGUUCUUCUGGUGACGUUGAUGGGAAUCACACUCGUCCAGGAUUAGAAAGAGCAAAUACGAUGAUAACCAUAACGAGUCAAAUAAGUAAUUUAUCACUUCGACUUCGAGACGAAACGGAUGAAUGGGGGUUUUUAAGAGAUAAAUCACCUGUUCCUGAAAUAUUCAUGAAUCGUUCUUCACCUGAUGAUCAUCGCCAAUCCGAGUCUAAAUGGUUGACAAUAAUAUCCACCACUUCUUCUCCCUCUUCUUCUUCUCCUUCUUCUUCUUCUUCAUCAUUCAAUUACAUAUCCGUACCACGUAAAAUCCGAAAAUUAGUACUUGAAAAUGGUAUUCCUUCAAGUUUAAGAGGUAGAGUUUGGACAUGGUUUCUUUCUUCUCAAAUGAUAGCUAGAAGAAAAGGAUUAUAUCAAGAAUUAUUAGAACAUGAUAAAGGUUUUAUCGAUCAACAAAUAGAAUACGAUAUUAAAAAAGCUUUUCCUGAUCAUUCUCUUUUCUCCGAAUCGACUUCAGACGGAAUGAUAGAUUUGAGAAAUAUCUUGAGAGCAACUUCUACCUUUUCAAAUUAUAAACCUCAAUUAUCUUUGUUGGGUGGAAUGUUUUUAAUACAUUGUGUGGCUGAAGAAGCUUUUUGGUUAUUACAAGCUUUUGUCAAUGGGGUUUUAAAAGAUUGUUAUUCUAAAGAAAAAUCAGGUUUGAAAGGUGAUAUAAUGGUUUUUGAAAUCGUUUUGAAUGGUAGUGAAGUUGGUUUAGCUGGGUUGUUUAAGGAAAUAGGAUUGGAACCCAUCAUGUUCCUAGAAAAAUGGUAUACUCAAAUAUUCAUCCGAUGUCUACCAUGGCCAACUACAUUACGUAUAAUAGACGCAGUCGUCUGUGAAGGUCCAAGGUUUUUGUUAAUCUCAGCACUCACCAUCCUCACCCUUUCUCGAGAUAGAAUCAUGAGUUUACCCAAGAGGAAACAAGACGUUUUAGAUUAUUUGAAUGAUUUACCACAAGAUUCUUUGUUCUUACCUGAAACAUUUAUGAAAGCUUGUGAUAUGGUAAAGUUUAAGGAAGAAGAUUGGAGGAGGUUGAGAGUUGGGGUGGAAAAGGAGAUUAAUGGGGUUUGA